AAAAAAAAAAAAACAAAGAAGAAUCAAUACCAUCGGUACGAAGACAGAAAAAUAGAGGCGAUCCGUGGCAGUCAGCUUUCCACAGUCUAGCCGAGAUCUCAGCAAGAUCUGGGGAAAAAAUCAAAGAGUAUCUAGAGUAUAUAUAACUUUCGUCUCAACUCCAACAUGGUCUAGCCUAGAGACUCGUCUCUCGUCUCGAGACGAAGAAGGCGCAGGUGCACGUUGCACACAGCAGUGAAAGUAUCCGAGUUGCAGUUACGAUCUGGCAUCUGUCAAUGCCCUCUUGCAUAGUCAGUCGAAGUCUAUCGGUGUCGUUUGUCCGAGAACACGGGAUUUUCAGCUCGCUUGUCGACAGUGUUGGUCUUCCUAUCAGCUAGUGAACGCACCUGGUGAAUCCUGUUCAUCGAACCAUCUGAACCUACGAGAGCUAUUUCGUUCUUCUCCUCCUGUUGGAAUCUCGCGUUACGAACUGGGAUGAACAUGAUGAACGCGACGACGUUGUGCUUCCUGCUGAUCGUGGCCGGUGUCACCCCUCUUUCCAUCGGGUCUAAUCCUGAAUAUGUGAAACAAUGUUCGAGAAGCGAUCCAAAACUGAAAGCAUGCCUGAUCGAUGCGUUGCACCAUUUGAGACCGUACUUGAGCGUUGGAAUACCGGAAAUCGAGCUGCCUUCCGUAGAACCAUUUCGCAUGGACGAGCUGACUCUCUCCCUGACAGGUGGUACAAACGGUUAUAAGGUUCAACUGCGUGAACUGUUCGUAAGGGGAGCGAGCAAUUAUACUGUGGACGACAUCAAGCUUGGCUCACCCUUCGAGGCUAUUGUACGAAUGCCAGCCCUCAUCUUGGAUGCGCAUUAUUCCAGUUCAGGAGUGCUGAUUAUCUUACCAGCCAGUGGCAAUGGAACGUUCCACGCACGGUUUGAUGAUGUCAAAGCCCUAGUCAAAGGCACUGUUUCGACAAAAGAGAGGGAUGGGAAAACGUUCCUCAACGUGGAUAAUCUUGAUGUUGUUCUGGAAGUGAAGAAUGUACACAUGAGAGUGCGCAAGAUUUUUAAUAACAAUCGAAUCCUCACCGAGGCAACUAACCUGUUUCUUCGUGAAAACGGACAGGAAGUAUUAAAGGUGAUGGAGCCUCAGUUGAAGAGGAAACUGUCCGUACUCUUCGCCGGAAUUGUUAAUCAAUUGUUACGUCACGUGCCAGUGGAAGUCUUCUUGCUGCCUUGAAUUUCGUAGUUUUUCUCAUGAAUAAAGAAAAAAGAACCUAGAAGAAUGACAAAUAAUCGAAAUUAGUAGAGUACAUUGUACAUAGAGUUACGACAUGAUGACAAAUAACUCUGAUUAAUAAUUCAUAGUAGUAACGAGAUAAUAAAGAAAGAGCAGUAUUUUUAUAACGUUUAGUUUAAUUCGUUUCAAUGUAAUUAAUUGCAUAAGAUUGAAUCUAUUGUAGAAAAGAUAAAAAUUACAUAUGUAUAUAUUUGUAAAAGCGAAACAUUUGUUUCUUGACUAACCAGCUACCCUCGACACAGUAAUAUUUGUAAUAUUUGACGUAAUGAUCACUCAUGCGAUGAAAAUUACAAAAGAGGUUUUGUAAAAUGCAAUUAUUCCAUCAGAAGAUUCUUAUGCUUACAACAUUACGAAUAUAAUUCUAUGUAAUUAAUAUGUACUUCAUGUCUAUGUAAACAUUUUCAUUUUGACAUACCUCUGCUAUUUGAUUUUCUAAUUUUCUAUUUUUCACUUCGUGGUUGUGAUAUUUUAUACUUUUAUUUUGCUAUUGAUUAUUUAGUUACGUAAUUUGUUAGAAAAG